AUGUAUCAACAACCUAAUCAUUCAUAUAGUUCAACGGAUUCAUUCAAAAGAAUAUCAUCAAAUAAUCCCUUCAGACAAUUUGUCGAUCAACCAACCACUUCUUCAACCAUCCAACAACAACAUCAUACAUCAACUUCAACUACCACAUCCAAUAGAUCUAGUAAUGGUGGAGGUCGUAGAACCAAUACACCACCUAAUUUCGAUGAAUGGGUUCAAAAAAAUAAACAAUUGUUAGAUUUAUCUGACGGAGAAGAAGAAGAUGAUGAUGAAGAUGAUGAUUAUGGUUUCGCUGCUCCUCAAAAGAGUAACUACAACUACAAGAAACCACAAAUGCCAUCCAGACCAGUAAGAGCUGGUAGUGAUAGUAGUAUCAACUACGGAAAGAAAGCAAAUAAUCCAUUCGCUAGUCCGGUAUCUGAUGAUAAACCAACUCGUCAUGAUGUCCCAAGACAACAUACUCCAACUCAAAAACCUCCAAGUCGUCCUCCAAAACCAGAUAAUUUGCCAAGUUAUGAAGAAGCUGCUGGUCCAAAAGCAACCAAUAAAGAGUAUCCAUCCGAAAAGCCAUCAUCAUCAUCAUCAUCUGGAAAUCAUAGCUCUUCCAAUCGUUCAAGAAGUCAUAGACAUGCUUCAGAUAGACACACUUCCUCCGAAAAAAGUGGUUCUGAUAGAAGUAAAACAUCAUCAUCAUCCUCAGGUUCAAGACAUCAUAGUUCAAGACAUCAUAGUUCAUCAAGAAAUAAAUCACCUUCGAAAAAGAAACCAGCUGCAGAACCAGUUAAAGCUAAGAAUUUAGAUACUAUUGAUAAAUUGGAUGUAACUGCAUUCUUUGGUGGUGGAUUUCAUCAUGAUGGACCAUUUGAUGCUUGUACUCCUCAUAGAAAUAAAAAUACAAAAGUUGCCCCUGUUGCUGCAUUUCCUAUUGAUGGACCAAAUAAUUCUAUAAAAGGUUUAGGAGGUAAUAUAGAUAAAAAUGAACAAAUGAAUUUAGCAUUUGGAACUUAUGAUGAAGAUCAGAAUGAAAUUAUUGGUAGAAAAGGACCUGAUGUUCAUACUCAUACUACUAUUAUUAAUGGAAAUAAUAGCAAUAGUAAUAAUUAUAUUCAAGUCCCACCUCAUAAUGAUAUUGUUGUACCUCCACCCCCAACUCCAACAAUUAAAAUCGAUCCAAGUUCAUCAAUUUAUACUCAAAAUCCAUCCGUUAUUGAUUUCAAUGCCAAUAUAAAAGCUCAACCUAUUCAUGGAGAAAUAUCUCAAGGAUUAGGAUCAACCACCUUUUUAGAUGGUGCACCAGCUUCAAGAGCUGCUGAAACUCAUGAAUAUUAUGCCAGUAUAAAUAAUGGUGGAUUGGGUAGAAAGAAAUCAAUAGUUCAAAGAUUAAGAAAAAAUAGUGCAACUAGUGAAAAUACAUCAAGAAGAAAUUCAAAUGAUAAUUCCAAUGAAUUUGUUAGAAGAGGAUCUUUAAAUAAUAAUAAUAGUAAAAGUUUAAGUACCGAUGAAUUAAAACCAGCAUCAACUACAGGAAGUGGUAAUGGUGGAACUGCAUCUUCAUUAAUAAGAAGAGUUAAAAGUUUAAAAGUUAGACGUUGA